UAUAAAUGUAGGAGCGGGUUGGGAACCUAGUACGCCAAGUAUACAACCGACUGCUUGCACCUGAAAACUGACGGGACACUAUGUCGGUAGAUGUAUGGACCGCCAUCUGUUGUUUACUUAUGGCGAAUGUUGGACAGGGAUCCACGGUGUCAUCGUCGGUGUGUGACUCUUACCGAGCUAUACAACAGCUCCCGUGUCUUGAAAUGAGGGCGCCGACUCCAAAGGAACGCGAACGAUUAUUUAGCGGUGAUUAUUUAACCAAAGAAGGAGUGGAGGUUUUCCUUGGUGUUUGGUGUAGCUCACUGUUGCGAUAUGAUUCAUGUAUAUCAACCAAUACCGAACAGUGUCCGAACCGUGUGGAGUUACAGCAGCUAGGUCAGGAGAACGGAGGACUGUGUACGGCCAAUGGCGAAAUCGAUCAGCAGGUCCAACCAUAUUUGCAGAUGUUAGUCCAAGCGGCCAUCAUGGGAGAAUGUGCUCAGUAUUGGCGCCGAUUCUUUGGCCCGUGCUAUCCACGUGGAGGCAGUGAAAUGCCAGACAGACCAGAUUCGUCAAUGACCAUCGCACUGGGUAAAGCUUGGUGGACAAGGACACGCACUGACACUAUUCGCUGCAUUGUAAAUAAAGUGGUGCCAACUCCCCCGGACAGCUGUGUUGGGAUGUCGGCAAGAGAUGCAAAGAUCUUUGCAGUACUCGACACUUUGUGGUCGGAGCCGUAUGGCGUAGGAGCGCAUGUCGACAUUUCGGGGUUUAUUGAUCAGAUAUAACUCGAGCAUACUGUACACUCUUUCAAUGAUCCUGUAUAAUGAGAGUUGAUAUAAAUGUUAGUAAGGGUUGAAAUUGGUUAAAAUAUAAAAUAUUCCUUGUAAUUUGCUCUCUGUUACGAUUUUGUCUACUGAAGCGUUAUUGUCCCCUUCCCUUGCUCCUAAUUUCGUUUAAAAUUACGAACUAACGACAUCAUGAUAGUACAUUUUAUCUUUCUGGAACUGUCAGAAUUGUCUUUUAUAUAUUACUAGCUCCUGUCGCCUAAAAUUGAAAUAAAGGUUUAUAUAGUGAAACA